AUGCCCUCCACCAUGUGGGAGGAAGAAGACACCUGGGAAUCUCCCAGGCGCAGCGCAUCCCAGCAGCAAAAGGCACAAAUUGCAUCUCCCGGUGCUGAUACUGGUGCUGCUGCACCAGCUGCUGCAGCAACUGCUGCUACCUCUCCUCGUUAUCCUCCCCCGAUUGACCAUCACUGGCCGUCGUCGGUGCCUCAAGCAGCAGCACCAGUACCACCACCACCACCACCACCACCACCACCAUCUGCUGCUGCUCUUGCUGCCGCUGCUGCUGCUGGACUGCAGCAGGACGACGAGAUGCUGCUAGGAGAAGAAUCAGUAUGUGAUCCCCACGUUAGACUCUGCAGCAGCGAAAGUGCAACAGAGGCCUUUCCUGUUGUGGGGCCAGCCCGCAGCGCUGGUGUUACAGGAACUGCAGCAGGAACAGCAGCAGGUGCUGCAGCAGCACCUGCUGGUGCAGGACAGUUGGGGGAUUGGCGCGAUGCACCCGAUCCAACAACUGCAGCAGAAGCAGAUGUCAGUCCUGCAGGAGAUGGAUUCUCUGCUGCAGCAACGGCACAGCUUCAACGGGAGACCAAGGACAUGCAGCAGCAGCAGGCAGCAGCAGCAGAGCAAAUGCGGCGCCUACGUCUGCACCAGCAGCAGCAGCAUCUGACGGUGUGUGCAUGCGGGGGAGAGACGGUUGCAGCAGCUGUGGAGCGGCUUGCUGCUGAGCUGAAGGGGGUUCAGCAGCAGCAGCAGCAACAGGAGAUAUUGUUGCAGCAGCUGCUGCAGCAGCAGACAGCAGGCCAGCAGCUAAUGAAGCAGAUUUUAAGUCUUAUGCAGUCAGGCCGCAGCGGAAUAGAGACGGCAGCAGCCGCAAGUGCAGCAGCCGCAGCAGCAGCAGCAGCAGCAGGCAGCAGCACGGAGGCCGCGAGAAGGGGUCUUAGGAGAGGGCACAUUGUGUCUCCCCCGACCCCACCAGCAGCAAACGGAUCGCAUGCAGAUUUGCUGCAGCAGCAGUUGCUGCUGCGGCAGCAGCAGCAGCGACUAGCAGAGGAGCGUCGGCAGCAGGAGUUGCACCAGCAGUUGUUGCUGCAGCAGCAGCGUGAGCGUGAGCAGCAACAGCGUGAGCAGGAGCAACGCCGGCUGCUGCUGCUGCAGCAGCAGCAAGAAGAAGAAAGGAAAAGAAGAGAAGAAGAGCAGCGCAAGAAGAAGGAAGCACUGCAGCAGAAGCAUCAGGCAUUAAUGUCUUCCCUUAUUAAGGGGGGAGGCAGCAGCAGCAGCAUAUUUGCUGAGCCGCAGCCUAAGAAUGGGUCAUCAGGUAGCCUAUUCGAUGAGUAA